AUGGCCGCUCCUCAACCAGAAGAAGGAUUUGAUCAAGCAGAGUUCGAAGAUGACGAUCUUGGCGAGGUACAGAUCGAAACUUCCUCCGGGCGAAAACGUUUGUUCAGCAAGGAGUUGCGCUGCAUGAUGUACGGAUUCGGUGACGACCAGAAUCCUUACACGGAAAGCGUCGACCUUCUGGAGGACUUAGUGGUCGAGUUCAUCACCGAAAUGACGCAUCGUGCAAUGGAAAUAGGCCGAACGGGCCGAGUUCAGGUAGAAGACAUCGUAUUCUUGGUGCGCAAGAACUCCCGGAAAUAUGCGCGCGUCAAGGAUUUACUAACGAUGAAUGAGGAGCUGAAGCGCGCCCGAAAGGCAUUCGAUGAAAUCAAAUAUGUCGGCGCAGAAGCGAAGAUCAAGUAG